GGCAGCAGCGCAACAAGGAAGGGAGUGUCGACAUUCACAUCGACAAUAAUCACGACAACAUUCAGACCUUCUGUUGUCUUUAUACAUAUAGCGACGGGAUUUUCCUCGAAGACUACUGAGGCUUCAGACCUUCUGUUGUCUUUAUACAUCCAGAGAUGGGAACGGGAUUUUCCUCGAAGACAGCCAAGGCUUCAGUCUACUACUCAGACACAGAAACAGACUGCCAGCGUGCCACACUGAAAAUGGCGGACGGUCCAAGUGAAAGAAAAAGAACAGAGCUGGAGAACGAUCCAGGGAGCUGCUGCAGUUCGGCAGGUCAGCCGUCUGAUAUAUUCCCAUGGCGCAACAGUGAAAAAGGUUCACAUUACCCGACACAGGUGUCAGACUAUGUAUCCAUGUAUAGAUACAAGACUUUUGGCUUAGAGAACCCACCUGGUGCCACAUUGACAAUAGGAGACCUGGACGACACCAUUUACAGUGAGGAAGAGGACGAGGUGAAUGGGUGGGGGAAGUUCUACCUUCCCAAAGUAGUAAGCAUGCAGGUUUUAGGUGUAGUGGAGGGGACCUCAUGCCCGAGUGACCAGCUCGUUCUGAUGACCUGUGAGGACAGAAAGGUGUAUGCCUAUGAUGGAGAGAAGCUGCAUUUGGUGGCUUCAAGCAUGAGGCAGCUACAACGCAACGGAAUAGAGUAUCCAGCACCCGAGAGAUAUUACAAAGGGGAGGCCUUCAAACACAUGACCGAGGAGGACUGGGCAAAAGUGCAGAAGAGGCUGGACCAACAGUUUCAUGAACUGGUGAUGUCAAAAAAAUCUGAAUUACUUGAGAAUCUCAAAUUGAUCAAACAAAACAUAGAGUCGUAGGGGAUCUGCAUGUCUUCGGACUGUGGGGGGAAGCCGAAUAACCACCACACAGAACAUGCAAACUCCACACAGAAUGGCCCCAAGCCGGGUUCGAACCCAGAACCUUCUUGCUAUAUGGAGAGAUCGCCAACCACUCAGCAAAGCCACUACAAACAAGCGUAUCCCAAACAGUUCGGAGUGUUCUCAGAAAAUAACAAACUAGUAGUGUGACGAUUCACUCAUUUCACGAUACGAUACACUCAUUUCAUGAUAUGAUACGAUACACGAUAUUAUAACGUGCUGUUAGCCGCCGAGCUAACGCGUUCUGCUUGUGUAAACAGCAGCGGUGGAUGAGAGACAGCGGACAGAGCAGAUCGAAACGUUCGAGGACAGAAGCAACAGGUUAAACCACUGUUCAUUUAACUUAAAUAGAAGUUGGUUUAUUAUAUUUUAAAAUAUUGCACUGCCUUGUAUCUUGAGAACUGAAUCAG